ACACCACACCAUACAUCAGAAAGAGGCAGAAGCCAUUAUCGUCCUUCACUGCUUCCCAUCCCUUAUAGGAACUGCUAAACCCCUUCCCCCCAGCUAUUAGGGCUUUUGCUCGUCGCCACCACCAAUGUCGAAUAAACGCGCCAGAAUUACAAACCCCGAGCCCUUUUUGCCCUUGGGUUCCGAUGCCUUCUCCUCCAAGAAACGCUCCAAGCCACCAAAGCACCACCAGGACCAUCAGAAGCUCGUCCCAUCCGCCGUCAGCUCCAAGAUUCUCAAGGAAGCCCUACUUCAGCAGAAGGAAAUCCAGCAAGAGGAGGAUAACGAGAACGGGGUUGCUGAGCAGAAUUCUAGUAGUACUUUUAGGUUUCCCGAUGUGCAUCGUCUCAAAGACAAUGAUGAUGAUGAGGAUGUGGACGAUUUUGAAGGGUUUUCCGAGACCCAGAGUCAGUUUGGAACAUGGAAUUUUGAGGAUGAGAUUGAUGAGGAAGAUGAAAAGUUGCUGGAAGCCUUUCUAUCAAAAGAUGAUCGCCCUCAACGCACAUUAGCUGACAUCAUUGUGGAGAAGAUCAAACAAAAAGAUGCUCAAGUUUCUUCAGGAGUGGAACCUAUGCCAAAAUUGGACGACUCCAUUAUAGAGCUGUACAAGGGGGUUGGCAAGCUUCUUAGCAAAUACACCUCCGGCAAGAUGCCAAAAGCUUUCAAGCACAUACCAUCUCUCCAAUUCUGGGAGGAAGUGUUGUACUUAACUGAACCUGAGAAAUGGUCGCCAAAUGCAAUGUAUCAAGCAACUAGAAUCUUUGCUUCUAAUUUGGGUGUCAAGAAGGUGGAACGAUUCUAUAAGCUUGUUUUGCUGCCACGUGUAAGAGAAGAUAUUCGGAAAAAUAAGAGGCUGCACUUUGCUUUGUACCAAUCCUUGAAAAAAGCUCUGUAUAAACCAGCUGCUUUUAACAAGGGAAUCUUAUUUCCCUUGUGUGAGUCGAGGACAUGCACUUUGAGGGAAGCUGUUAUAGUUGGCAGUAUCAUUGAGAAAAUCUCCAUUCCUCCUCUUCAUUCCAGUGUUGCUUUGUUGAAGCUUGCGGAGAUGGAGUACUAUGGUACAACAAGUUAUUUCAUCAAGUUACUAAUUGAGAAGAAGUACGCAUUGCCAUACCGUGUUCUUGACGCUUUGGUCGCUCAUUUUAUGAAAUUCUACGAUGAUUCUAGAGUAAUGCCGGUGAUCUGGCAUCAAUCGCUUCUUGGAUUUGCACAGAGGUACAAAAAUGAGUUGACAAAGGAAGACAAAGCCAAUCUCAACACUCUAGUUGAAAGGCAAAGACAUAAAUUAGUUACACCUGAAAUAUUAAGGGAAUUAAAUAACAGCCGCAACCGUGGGGAGAAAGAAGAUGAUCCUAUGUCGAUCUCAACCCCUAUUUCUGUAGUUACCAAAGUGAUUCAAGAAGACAGGUUUGAUAUUCCAGAUGUACCAAUGGAGGACUGAAAUAUUGUUGCAGCUUUUUUUAUGUCAUUCAGACAAAAGUUGGGCUGGAGAGAUAUACAGUAGAUAUCAUUUUGCAGUCUGUUAGAAUGUAGCAGACGAUGGGAAGGUAAAUGCGGUAUGUGAUUGCUGGUGGAAUUGUUCCAUCUUUAUUCUUAGAGCCAUCUGUGUUUCCAGAUGGUCGUGGCGAAGCUUUUGGAGAUACCAUUGUUUACCAGUGGCAACUUUCCCUUUUAACCAAACCCGCAUUUGUUGUCCCAGUUUCCUAUAGUGAAUGGAAUUAUAGAGAUGUGAUUGUUAGGUUAGAUUGAAUUAUUGCAAUUUGUUCUCACGAGAAAUUUCAGUUGAUACAGAUAUUUUUAUUUGGAUUUAUUCCUGAAUGUUGUCUUGAAAGCAGUAUGAUUUUGCUAGGGAUUUGCAGAGGUCUAUUUUUUUCAGUAAUCAAAUUUGAAAUUAAAUAUCA